GCCGAGACAACGCUGGCCGGAAACCUAAAUGCGCCUGCUAGGAAACUACAAGAACUUGUGGUUUCGACCUCUUGGUGGUUGUCCUUAUUCACAAGGCGCAUGAUCAGCAAACCCAAUUACUGAAGCUUGGUGCCGACGUCUUUCCACUACAAGUCGGAGCAUCCUCUUUAGCUCUGAACCGCACGCGAUGCGCGUCUUCAUCACUGGAGGAACCGGCUGGGUCGGAUCCGUUGCCAUCACCGAAUUUGUGGCACAUGGCUACCAGGUCGUUGGAUUGGCUCGCUCUGAGAAAAGCGCAGCGGCACUAAGAGAACUGGGGGCGGAAGUCCUCCUUGGCCAUCUCGAGGAUCUGGAGGUCCUGAAAUCCGGUGCCAUGAAUGCUGACGCCAUUGUCCACCUCGCAUUCGUCAACGACUUCGGCCAAAUGGAGCGAGGUUGUCAAGUUGAGCAAGCCGCUCUCUGCGCCAUGGCUGAUGCGAUAGCCCAUUCACACAAGCCACUGAUACUCAGUUCUGGCACGUUGGCAGUUAUGGAUGUAGAUGGCGUUCGUGGAGGUGAACCUGCAACCGAAGACACGCCACCGUUGAGAGAAAUGCCGCCUUUCUCUUAUCGAGUGAGGUCUGAGGAUAUUCUGCUGGCACUCGCCAAGGAGAAAGAAAUCCGGUCAAUGGUGGUGCGAUUCUGUCCUGUCGUCCAUGGGAAAGGAGACGUGCGAUUUACAACGCUAUUUGGAUCGAUGGCAAAGCAAAACGGUAAGGCUGCAUACGUGGGCGAAGGGAAAACCAAGUGGCCAGCGGUCCACCGGGUCGAUGUCGCUGUCCUCCUCAGAUUGGUCGUGGAGAAGGGAAAAGCGGGUGGCAUGUAUCAUGCCGUGGCUGAACCGGGCGUGCCCAUGAACCAGGUCAUGGAAACGAUUGCGAAGAAGGUGGGAGUACCUGCUGAGAGUGUGAGCCGCGAAGUAGCACUCCAAACCAUGGGCCCUCUAGGAAACUUGAUUGCCAUCGAUGAUACGACUUCGAGUGACAAGACAAGGCGGGAGCUGGGAUGGGAACCAAAAGAAAUUGGGUGGUUGAAAGAUAUCGAACAGAACUAUUUUUUGUGAACACAACUCUAAUGUGUGCCGAGGCUAAGUCGGUACGCGAGUGAUGAUGUGGUUCCCACCGAACAGGGCUGUGGUGCCACGCUACAUGGACCAAGGUUUAUAUAGACACUGCAUGAUGCUGGAGCGUUAGCUCGGGAAGAACGUUGCGAUAUAACGAC